UCUUGUAUAAAAUCAAUUUUCAGACCUUCAAUCUUCCAUGUCCAUGGAUCUCAAGCUUCAUCUCUGCAAUUAAUUUUUCAAUUCAGAUCACAAAAUGCUAGGCAAGAAAAUGGUCUCCUUCAAGAAACUCGCCAAGAAAGUGAAGGUCCGAGUCGGAACAGAGGGCGAAUCAUCAUCGCACAACGAGUGUUUGCUCAGCGAUCGAUUGGAAUCAUCGAAGGAUCACGAUUCUCACUCGCCGUCGCCGACUUCGACUCCGACCGGUUCUUUUGCGGUUUAUGUUGGCGACGAACGGCAGCGCUUCGUCGUUCCGACGAGUUUCUUGUCGCAUCCGCUCUUUAGGAUGCUGCUCGAUAAAGCCUACAGAGAGUUCGGAUUCGAACAGAGGAACGCGCUUGUGGUUCCUUGUAGCGUCUCUGCUUUUCAAGAAAUUGUUAGCGCUGUGGAAUGCUGCAAUGGCAGAUUCGAUUUCGGCGAGAUUGUCGAGGAGUUUCUUUAGAACAGAGGAAAUGCAGAUGAACACCACCACUUCGUUAGGGUUUGAAUCGUUUGAUCCGGAAGGUAAUGAAAUUCGUCGUCGAUUUCUGUUUAUACCGAGGAGGAUACGAUUCGAUCCGAUUGGAUUGAAAUUUGGCCGAUUUUAGAGUUCGAUUCAUAUCAUAUCCGAUUCGAUGAUCCAUUUGUCUUCGGAAGUUGUUGAACUUGUAAAAUCAGAGCCGUGAUUCUGCGAUGAAUUUGAAUUUUGUAAUUGUAAUUAAUAUGUAUGAACAGCAGCUGUUUACGAG